AAGAAAGAAAGAAAGAAAGAAAAAGAAAUCUCAAAAUUAUGACCCUGUAUAGAAAAAAAUCCAACCAGGAUGGCCCAUUUUUCUUGCUCUGAAAUCCAUCCUUAUGAGUGUACUUGUUUCCCUGUUUGAAAACCCGACCCGAGCUGAGGGGUUGAGCCCCGGACAGCACUGAGGAGUUGGGGCAGGCGCAAUUCAUGAACUUUUGUACUCUUGUGUGCUGCUGUCGCCAAAGCAAAAAUAAUGAAACUUUGUGAUAUGUUUGUAAAUGAUUUCCAAUGACCUCUAGCCCUGCCCUUCACCAUAAACGCUACCCACUAAACCUAAGGACAUUUGCUUGAGCAAAGCAUUCGACCCUAGGUUUUACUGCCUGAAGUUGGACAGAAUAAAAGAGAAAGGCACUCUAAUGACGGGAAGGUAAACGGAACCAGUUGUGUUGUGUUUGUUUUGUUUUGUUUUUCUGGAAACUAACUUCAGCUUUCAAGCCAACGUUUUACUUCAGCUAAGGGGAAGGGACUGGUGCACGAAUUUCUCUGUUUCCUCUUAUCUCUCCAGAUAGUGUCUGCUUUCUUUCUGGAAAUGUUGCUUAGAGAGAUUGUUCGGAUGUCCAGGAGUAGGGGGAAAUUUGUCAAUUCCCGGAUGGGUCAUCAUCAUUAAUAUUAUUAUUAUUUCACUUUUUUUCCUUAAAAGAGCUUCAGUGGAGGUUUCUAAAUCCCACUCAGGUUUUUCUCAGGCAGAGAAGGAAGGGUAUUUGAAUUAGUCGCUGUAAAUUGUCCUUACGUCCUAAAGAGGUAUUUCAGCAAACUGUAGACUACCUGAAUGUCUUCUGAAAAUACAGAUUUAUUUCAAUGGAGGAUGACAGCCUUUAGCCAGUGCAGAAUAGUUUUGAUUUAGAAUGGAUGAAUCAGGAUGAAUCAGAAAAAAUGCAGUGAUCCUGGCAGAUUACAUUGUAGAUGAGAACAGAAUGUUAUUACGUUGUCUAUAUAUACCCUGUAGAACCGAAUUUGUGUGGUAUUCACAUAGUCACAGAUUCGAUUCUAGGGGAAUAUAUGGUCGAUGCAAAAACUUCACAUUUCUGCAAAUGGUUAAAAGUGUAAAUGUCUGGGGAUCCAAAAUGAAGUGCAUGCUGCUUUAUUGGAGACUUAUCCAAGUCAUGCUAGCUCUGUCUUAUUUACUGACACCUUACGACAUGGGGAAUAUGGAUUGAUGUUGGUGAAUUAUAGAUCAGCUUUAAAAAUCUGUUCAUUGUAAAACUGAGUCACAUGGUAGGUCUGGACGAUCUGAAACUAGUUUGAUAAAUGAAUGCUUCUGAAAGAGGGCACAUUUAAAAAAGAGUUAAGAGGGUAGGUGUGAAGAAUUUCCCUGGGCACUUUUUUUUUUUUUUAGCUCCUGGAUUAUCUGGAAAGUAGCACGAGAGGUAUCGGUUUGGAUUCACUUCUGCUCAAGGCAGAUGGAUGGACAAGGGGGAAAGUUUAUAUCUUUAAAUUUGGGAUGCUUUCCUGAGACGGUGUUACGCAGUCUUCGAUUUAACUGCUUGUAACUUCAAUCGUAAAGAAGUGGGGGGCGGGGGUGGGAGAUAACCCGAAGCACAAACUAGAGUCGCCCUGCUUUCUGUGUGAAUUUCUGUGCGGGGACCUGCUAAGUGCAUUCGGAGUUACUGAUUGCCUAAUUUUAUUCAACCGAGCUAGAUUCUGGUAACUUUUGGGUGACCCCGGGGAGACAAAGCCAAGACACAUCUAUUGUACAUCAUAUUCCCCUUCUGUUUGAUGGCUUUUCUUUGGGCGUGGAGUCUUUCUCCCAGUUCUCCCUCUGCACGUUUUCCUCAAUGUCUUGAUGCCAUCCCUACCCCCCAGCCUCAACCCCUCUAGCACACAGCUAUAUAUUCUUGCUGGAUGUUUUAUUUACCAGUGUAACGUGAAGGGCCGGGGAAUGAUUUCUGGGGGAUUAGUGGAAAGGGCAUGGAAGGUUAGAAAAGUCAGUUUCAAACAAAAGCUCGGAUUACCUGAGGGGCAAAGGAGAUGGAAGUCGGAGUGAUGAAUCGUCCUACCACAUUAACAUCUGGCUGGGAACACCAAAUGCAUAGAGUGGAGUCACUUGAUUACACGUAUAUUAUUUAGUUAAAUUUGUGAAAAUUAUGAGAUGCUCACAAAUCCGGUGAUAAACUCCCUCCCUCGCCAUUGGCUGGGGCGGUCACAUGGCCCCCUAACUUUAUUCAGUUGACAGCAAGUAGGAGGGCCCUAUGGAAGGAGAAAAAAAGACAACACGAGAAAAAUUAGUAUUUUCUACCUUCAGAAAUUAAUGGCCAUGAGUUCGUAUAUGGUGAACUCUAAGUAUGUGGACCCCAAAUUUCCUCCUUGUGAGGAAUAUUUGCAGAAUAGCUACCUAGCCGAGCAGAGCUCGGACUAUUAUAGUGGCUCUCAGGGUUCGGAUUUCCAGCAUCAGGGAGUCUACCCACGGUCAAACUACAGCGAGCAGUCCUUCAGCUGUAGCAAUGCCCAAGGCUCUACGGUGCCUCCGCGGGGUCAUGGACAGGAGCCAUCGGGCCCGGCGAGCCACUACCCUGGCCAAGGGGAGCAUUGUCCCCCGCCUCCAAUUCCCAGUUCCCGGGCCUGCAGCCAGCCGGCCAGCCUCAAGCAACCUCCCAACGGGACGGCCCUCAAACAGCCUGCUGUGGUGUACCCAUGGAUGAAGAAAGUGCAUGUAAAUUCCGUGAACCCUAAUUACACCGGAGGGGAGCCCAAGCGGUCCAGAACAGCCUACACAAGGCAGCAAGUCCUAGAACUGGAAAAGGAAUUCCAUUUUAACAGGUAUCUGACGAGGCGUCGUCGGAUCGAAAUAGCUCAUACUCUCUGUCUCUCUGAACGCCAGAUCAAGAUCUGGUUUCAGAACCGUAGGAUGAAAUGGAAAAAAGACCACAAGCUGCCCAACACUAAGGGCAGGUCUUCCUCGGCUGCUUCGAACCAGCAUUUACAGCCCGUGUCCAAGGACCAUCACACUGACUUGACGACUUUAUAGAGGAGGUGAAAUCUCUCCCCCCCAUCCCAUCCAACCCCUCCCAUCCCUCCCCCCAAUUUCAUCCUUUGCUUCUGAACUGUGCUGUGUGUAGAACUGACAUGAUCCAAACACAACCUGCAUGGAGCAGGCAAGGCCUCCCCAGGCUGUCAGCUUGCUUUAAGGUGCUGUGCUGUACAAAGCGGACUCGCUUAGGGUGCUUCAGACUUUCUUGGCAUUCUUCAUACUAGCACAACCCCCAAACUCUCCAGGCAGGAAGUGGAAAGUUUAGGGAAAAUUAUAGAGAGAGAUAUAUAAUUAUAUAUGUGUGUAUGUGUAUAUAUAAUUAUAUAUCGAAGGAGCUACUGAGUCUAUAAAAAUCUGACGAAUCAUUAAACACAAAUGGAAAUUGCAUCUUUUGGGUUUUCAAUUUUAAAGUGAAGGUUUGAUUCUAUGCCAGUAUCAGUCUUGAUGUUCUGUCAACCCUCAUCCCUCACCCUAUGCAGUUUCGGGCUUAUGGAAUGUAGGAGAGUUCAGGGCAGAAAGCUUUUAUCUGGUUACACGAUUUGUGAACUUCCUGGGUCUUCUAUCUUGUGGCUGAUUGUGAUUUAAAGUCCCUGCUCAUGUUCAGAAACCCCCAAAGAAAUACCUAGGAAGGAAGUGGAAACGGGUUAUUUUAUUUUCAGAUUGUGUUUACAUAUUUAUUUAUUUGUCAAUUAGAGGAGCACACACAUUAAAAUGCGUUAAGCCAAAAAUCCUAAGCAGGGGAGCUGAAGCUCAAGGCUCCUUCCUAUGGAAAAUCAUAGAGAAUAUGUACGGUUUAGAGUUUUCACUUUGCCAGGCAUUUAGGACUCUCUUCCUCCUCUCCAGCCCACCUCCAGUAUGGGAGAAAUGCCCUACCCCUUUUAUAAAGAGAGAGAGAAAAAAAAACAUAUCGACUCAAAGUCAAUUUCUUUAAAAUGUGUUUAGACUGCACAACUGGUUCUUCACUCUGCUCACAACUGCUUCUGUGGGAUUUUAAAAAAGGGAACAAAUGGUCAAACAUUUUCAUUGUGGGGAAACCAAACAAAACAGCCCCAGUCUUCGGUGCCAUUGUAGAGAUCCUCUUACCUUCCAAUUUGAUUCCCAACACAAUUCACCUUGCACACCAGUCUGUUUAGGAAAGUAUUGUCUUACCAGAAAUCUGGAAAACAUAUUGGGGCUGGGGGUGGGGUGGGGGAAUGCUGUCCAAAUAAAUAAGCAAGAAGGCAAGCAAAUUGAAUCAAAUGGUCAAGAAUAGAAGGAGGUUAGUUCUAGGAUGGGAAAAAAUUUCUUUUUGCUAAAUAGAAAUAAAAUUUGUAUGUCCUAGUCUUGGGUGACCUAAUGCAUCCUUUUAAAGUUUUCAAGUUGUCUGCCUCACUUUGAGUUGGGCAGGAGAAUAACAUGAAAAAUACUCAAACCAAGGGGAGGGGAUUCAUUGCCAUUUUUCUUAUACUUCUCUGCCAAGAGAGGUUUGUGGAUUUUUAAAAAUUUUUAGUGUGUGUGUGUGUGUGUGUGUGUGUGUGUGUGUGUUUUAAACACUAACCCUUUAAACGUAAGUGGGUAAAUGGAAAAGUUCUUCUAGGGCUGGUUAGAAACCAGGCUUUUUAUGUUUUUUUACCCCCAUCCCCCAUUCCCAGUCCUCUGGGUUUCUAAGAUACAAUCACCAAAUAAAAUUAUUUGAGCUAUUACAGAAUUAAAAGGAAGGAGAAGAUGUGGAGGAGGGGUUAGGGUUAAGAGAAAGAAAGAUCAUAGAAUUUUGUUAUUUCUCCAGACAUUUUGGAAGGCUCCAAAGAUAAUCUUAAAACAGGCUGAAAAGGAGAAAAUAGCAGUUUCAUACAUGUGUUUGCUUCUCAGUAUGGUUCAUGCCAAAAGCUGGGAGCAGGUAUUAAUUAAUUUGAACUCUUUGGCUGAAAUUAGACUCUUCUAAAGUUUUUUUUUUUUCCAAGACUUGGUCUUUUGUAUUAAAUCCUGGAGAAAACUCUUUGUUCUUCCUUGGGGUGAGCCUGAUUCUCAGACUUGCACAUGGCAAUACUUGAAUAUCUACAUGUCGUGAUAUUAAAGAUGGAUAUUCCUGCAUUAUUCGCAUCAUUGUUUCUAUGACAAAAAGCACAGAGUUCAUACAUAGUAAAGACGUCUUUUUUCUGACGCCUUCAUGUUGAGAAGCUGAAAAGGUAUUUUACUGAAGUUCGGCUAAAUUACAGAAACAGGUUCAUCCAGAGGACAAAUUUUCUAUUCGAUUAGCUGUAUUUCAGCCGGGAGGACUGACCUCUAAACCCUUAACCUUUUGGACUCUAACUACCCUUCUCUCUCCCUCUCUCUCUUUUUUGACGUGGAGACCAUUUGGAUGCGGCAUUUGUAAAGGUUUUUCCUUAGGCAAAUUGGGCAUUGCUCUCACUAUUCCCUGAAAUUCACAUCCCUGAAUAUAUUGAAGCUUUUCCAUGAAAUGUCUAUUUUGCAUGAUGUCCAGUUACAGAGAGUUUCCCCCACCUCCUCGGAAGUUCAGGUUACUUAGCCCCAGCUUUCGACCAAAUGUCACAAUUGCUUAACUCAACUCUCCCUUGCUCUGGCUGAGAAAGCACACAAGUAUGUUUUCUUGGAAAAAAGCCAAGACUCCUUCUCUUACUUAGAGCUAACACUCUGGAAAGUAACUUAAUCAAAGAAGCAAUCCCUUUGUUUAUAAGUUUCAACUUUCCUUGUACGGCUCAAGUGAUGGGCUUUUGAAAUGUUAAUAUAUAUUGGAUGGAUGUGAGGGCAGACUCAACUCUUAAAUUCAUCUUGGGAUCAAGGGUCCAUUUGGGCUUGCUGGAAGAGGGCCACACCAGGCCAGUAGCCUCGGGAAACCCUCUCUGUGGUUCCAGCCAAAGGGAGAGACAGGAGAGUUUCCAUCUGUGUUCCUGCUGAAAGGGAAGCUCGACAAAAAUGAGCUCCAUGGCCCAUUUGCUAUUUUUUUCCAUUUUGUUCCAGAAAAUAUGAGCCAGAAGUGUUUGUUUUGUUUAUGUUUUGUUUUGUUUUUCUUUUUUAACUUUGGUGGGGGUGGCUCUUUGACUGGAGGUGGAAAAGGAAUGUUUUCUUUAAGAGACUGCUUCUCAGACAUCCCACUUUGUAACAUUGCAGCCUUUUGUUAUGACAUCGUCAAGCAACACUAUGAUCUGUCCACAUAAGAUGCUUUUAUAGAAUCUACCAAUGGUUUUGCUGCCACUGAUUAAAGUAUUAUUUAUACUAAUUGUUGCCUGUAGUUUUGAUGUAAUUUGUUCAUAUAUAUUUGAAAUAAUAAAAGGUGUAGAGAAACCUAUUUUGUUCGUUGCCUUGACAGAAGCAGUCUUUGUAAGUCUUGAAAGAACUGUCUCAACAUUUGUUUGCUUGCUUGUUUA